CUUACAUAUUUGUAAAUCAAUUUAUUUACCAAAAAUGAUGGUUCUGCUGCUGUUCACUGCUUGUUGUUUGGGAAUUCUGCCUCUUGCAUGAAACACAGGAAGUGUGGGUGGUGCUUAGCUAGUGCAAGAGAUAACCUGGACUGUGUGCAUACAUCCUGAGCCUGUCUUCAGAAGGUCCACACUGUGCCUGAAAGGUAAAUCAAGGCCCCUCUCUUAUAUGACUGCCCCUAAUGUUCUAGGAAUCUGUCCCUUAUGUAAUAAUAUGUUUUUAUUAUGUACACAGAGCUGCCUUCUGAAUGUAAUCUCUCUAUUCUAUGUCCCUUUAGCUUGUCAUCAGCAACAGAAGUUCACUGCUUAGACCAGGGCUGAUGUUGUGAUAUAACCCCUUCCUUGCUGUGAACCUGAUGCUGUUUGUUUCUGCUCACUUAGGGGGAGAUUUAUGAAAACCUGUGCAGAGGCAAGGUUGCUGAGUUGCCCAUAGCAACCAAUCAGAUCGCUUCUUUCAUUUUUCAGACUCAGCAACUUUUUCCUCUGCACAGGGUUUGAUAAAUCUCCCCCUUGGUACAACAGCGUCUUCCGUCCAGUGCAAUUUCUACAGCACUAUAUCAUGUCAUAGCAGAGAGGAGUAGGUGCUGACAAGAGAAGUAAGCAAAAGGAAGUUCUGGCUUGUCCUGCCAUAGUUGACACUAUGGAGUAGACUUUUAGGAGCUCAAUAACAGAAUGGAAUCACUAAAAUUUUGACACCACCCUAAAGGAUUAAAUCCUUUCAAAAAUAAAGCAGGAGCAUUUCAGACGAUUUAGACAGCAGGGGUGCUGGGAGUUAGACCCGACUGAUCUAACUAUAGAUAGUAGCAGAUAACCCUUUUAAAGGAACACUCCAUGCAAAUCUGACAAGUGCUGACAGCAUAGGUUCAGCAGCGUCAUCACCAAGCAGUGACUGUGUCCCCCGGGACUGCAGAAUCCCAACAGCACAGGGACAAAAUGGGGAGCAUGAUGCACUGGUUCUUGUGCCUUCUAGUCUCUUUGCUUCCCAUAGUCUCUGGAUGUCCCUCUCACUGCAGCUGUAGCUCUGGAAUUGUAGACUGCAGCUAUAAGGACCUUACCAGCAGUUCUCUGCCGUCCUCUUUCCCCACUUCCACUCAGGUCAUCCGUCUGGAGCAGAAUAACCUAUUGUCUAUGCCUAAUGGUCUUCUAGACCACCUUCCAAACCUUCAAGAGGUCUACCUUCAGCACAACCCUUGGCACUGUGACUGUGACAUCCUUUAUCUGCGUAGUUGGCUACAAGGGCAGCAGAAAAAAGGACUGUACCGUGAUGUGACUUGUGCAUCUCCUGAGCCUCUACAAGGGAGGGUUAUCAUGUACCUGACAGAGGACGAACUUAUGACCACCUGCCAGUACUGGUACUGCAACCUUGCUUUGAUCUCCCAGCUCUGCCUCCUUAUCUUUAUUGUAGUACAAGGCAUUCUGCUAAUCUUCAUCAUUCUCUCAUUGCGUCGUUUCCAGAAGAUUGCUAGAGAAGCACGACGCACAGCCAAGGAACUGCAACAGAACUCUGAGAACUACACCUAUGAUAAUAGCAUUCCAUUAUACAACUACGAUAGGACAUAAGGAAACAUUGUGAAAUACAGUAUAACUCCUUUAGUCCAGCACCCGACAGCCUAGACACCUCAACCAUAGAAGUUGUCUCCAAGUAUAAUCUUAAUGGUUGGGGAAUUAAGGAGUCUCCUUUUCUAAGAUCUAAGCUCCAGAGAUCUAAGGGCUAAAGUUGAAGAUUGGAAAAGAGCAAAAAUGUAACUGGAUCAGAGAAAAUCUGACCUACUGGGGACUUCUGGGAGGAGAACGGAUCAUUGUUUUUAUUGUAUUGCUGGUGCACGAUUACUGUACACAGUAACAUUAUAUAUGGUUACAGUAAUAUUAUAUAUGGUUAUAGAAGUGCAUAUGGGUAUUAAGCCAAGAAACACAAGUACCUGUUGUAAGUAUAAUGCCAAAACAUAAACAUCUUCCUCUAUUACAGUUUCAGAUUAUACUGAGUAGAGAAGUUGGUGCCAUACUACAUGGUAACAGAGAGACGCUAUACACAUAGACUGAUUUGUUUCUCUAACACUUUGUUUUGAGUAUUAAAUAUUAUAAACACAGUUUGUAGUUCACAAAUUUAUUUCAGAAUUUUUUGCAGCUGUCCAAUUCAUCGGAAAUAUCUCCAUGCUGACUAAUGGAAUUGAAUAUCAGUUGCAGAAAUUUCUGUAACAGAUCUGCCAGGUGUGAUCUCACUCUUAAAGGGGUUAUCUCACAAAAAAAAAAGUUUCAUAUUUUUUAUUUUUAAACAUACCCAGGCUGCCCAAAAAAUCCUAACAAUUCACUUUGUUCCUGUAGCCUUCAGUAUAGCUGCUACCGGUCUAUGCCACCCUCCACUUCCUGGUGCUGGAGCCUAAUACACCAGAGUGCUGCUCAGCCAAUUACCGACCAAGGUGGGAUGCCGCUGUGGCCAGGUAUUGGCUGAGCAGCAAUGUGUCACACGGACCCCAGCACCCCAUCUCCGGUGAACUUCACUUCCUGGUAUUAAGGCCCAAUACAUCAUAUUGCCGCUAAGCCAAUAACUGAUGACAGUGGUGUCCCAUCCUAGCCAGUAAUUGGUUAAGCUGCACUCUAAGGUCCCAGCACCACCACAAGUGGAGCAUGGUGGACACAGGAGCAGUAAUAUCGGAGGUUAAGUAAGAUGUAAGUAGAGGUUCUUUUGGUAGCUAGGACAUUUUUUUUAACCUUUUAGUCGGGUAACCUCUUUAACGUUUUAUGGCAAUUUUCUUACCUGGAUUAUGUUAGCUAGUUCAAUUAUCUCACCAUUUGGUUUGACAGGUAGUAAUGGGUUAUACUGUAAGAGCAUGGCGAUGUAUAAGCUAUCCUGCACAUGAUGGCCAUACACAUUGCAAUAUAGGGGUUGGGUAUUGGAUAAUCAGUCAAUAAUUCAAUUUAUAUUUAAAGCGUACCUGUCAUAAUGCAAAAAAAAGAAAAAAAGUGACAUGUUACUCAGGACCCAAUCUUGAUCAUGUGCAUAUCAUUUUGAUGUGUCUCGGACCUAUAUAUCCAGAG